AUGGCGUUUCGCAUUGUUCUCACGGCGGGCUUCCUGCUCGGCCAAGUCUCAGCGAAUGCUCCUUUAGCGAGGACGCCGCUUGCUAGUACACCUGUUGCUGCUCAGCCCUCAAUUGUCUGUAGAACAGAGUUGGGAACAGAGUCGGUGGCGGUGAUCCCGACGUCUACAGUCACCCACACGUCCUAUGAUACGCAUCCCGUUGUGGUCUACUCGACCCUUCAGGAUACUGUUACGGUGACACCCAGCGCAUCAUGGCGAUCGUUGACAGAAUACGCAACCAGCACCGUCACAGUCACCGCUGACACAAUUACAGACACAUUCUCCACUACCUCGACGCAGUACAGCACUGCAACAAGUACGCUCACCUUACCACCCGUCACAUCUACCUCUACGAGUACCAUCUCGGUUCUCUCAACUACCACCUCCACUAUUAGUGCCGCAGCUGGUGUGACCCCGAUUGCAGACACCUUGGCAGCUCCAACUGCCGCUAAGCGGGAGCUGUCUGGGAAUUCCGAGGACAGUUGUCCCAAUUGGGAUGACGACUACCAGUAUGCUACAGCUGUUGAGUGUGUGGCGACUGUCGUGGUCAGGACCACAACCACCUCGACUCUCACUGAAUCUCCAGCAACGCUAACUGCUGCUGAGCCGACGAGCACCACGAUAACCACUAGCACAGUUACAAGCAGCUCAACGGUGCUUCCAAGCGACGCUUCUACUACGCUCAGCUACUCCACGCUCUUAACGGUCACGGAGACUUCCACCGCUCCGGCAGUGACGAGUACCGUAACAUCAAGCACAACAGUCAUUUCGGGCGUGACCACCACUUCUUUCUACGCGGCCUGUGCCACCAACAACAUUGCUUCCAGCCCGUUGUCCUCGGACUUUGGCUCCCUAGCCGGAAAGACCAUCUUUGCGAUCGAAUUAACCAACAUCCCCGGCUCGACCGUAUCGACCGUUUCCAAAACCUCGCAAUACGAUUGUUGUGUUGCUUGCCAGCAAAACGCUCAAUGUGCAUUUUCAUACAUGUUUACUGGCCUGCAAUUUUGUUAUAUGAUGACAACGACCUCAUGUUCAUCGGAAACUUAUGGUUAUGUCGACGUUCACAGUUCUACUGACGGUGCCAUUACUGUGUCCAAUGGACCCUGCGGUCAUCUUCUUUCCCAUUGA